AUGGGACACGGCGAGGUAUUGGACAAGAAUGGCAAUGUCAUCCAUGAGGGCGAUUAUGUCUUUACAAGAAUGCGCGGCGGAACACAUGAAGGAAAAGUAGAUGAAAUCAUCACAGACGAGCAACGAGCUCAAGAGAAGGACGUUAAACAUCCGCCCAAGGUAAGCAAAAGAAAUGAUCACUUAUGCAAUUGCAACGGUGUGCUAAUGCGCAAUCUCUGGAGGUUUUAUUCCACAACAAAAAUGGGAAGACAGUCGCGCAUAAUCCAAGGACUCUGGAAGUAG